AAGGCAGCGAAGGAUUAUUUCAACUCACUCACUCACUCACUCACUGACUUUCCCUACAACAUCAACACAAUAUCUUGUAAGCACGGUCAAGCAGGAGCCAUGAUGAGUACCAGCCAGGAGGAUAGACCCUUUGUUAGGGCUGUGAGGAAGAUCAAAUGUGCCGCUAUGGUCCACAGUCUUGCCAAGAGCUGGCAGGGCUGGGCCGACGAGAACUUGGUCAAACAAGUGACCAUACCCUCUGGGUGGAUGCCCACCUCCAUCAUUGAGGACGAAGAAAGGGAGAAGCAGAACGAGACAAAAAUCCUAGUCAAGACACGUGUGGUCGAGGCAGACACCGACAGCGGCAGUCUGAUCCGAACGGGUGAGGUGACCAAGAGCCACAUGCCAAAGUACAGUGAGUACAGCACUGACCUGGUAUGCUCAAUCAAGGACAAGAUCCAGAUGGCACCUGAGGAUGCCAACAAGCCCUUCCUGGGCAACGAGUCACCCACCCGGAGACGUCUGGGUGUGAGAGCUCAGGUACAUCUGGGUAGUCAGGAGCAGAAGAUGAACUCCCGUAGCAGCAGCCUGGACACAGAGGACAGCGGGUUGGGGGAGGAGGCCAGACUCAGCGACAACAGCGACCAGAGCGACCUGAACCAGCUGAAGAUCAAUAGGCCCAAGAUUAGAGUCACCACCAUGGGUGACAUCAAGAGCAGGUGGCAGAAGUGGUCCCAGCAGCACUUAGAAGGUCAGAAGCUCAACCCCUUCAGUGAGGAGUUUGACUAUGAGCAUGCCAUGGCCCAGCGGUUGCAGAAGGGUGAUGAAGGCUACGGACGCCCCAAAGAGGGAUCCAAGACAGCCAUGCGUGGCGACCGAGCCCAGAAACAUGUGUACAAAGAAAUGGAGGAGUUGUGCUGGAUCGUCAAGGACAUGGGCCUCAAGGACAAGAACGGAAAAUCCUACAUAACUUUCGGCAGGCUGUUUGACCGCUAUGUCAAAAUCUCGGACAAAGUGGUGGGAAUAGUUUUGCGCUGCCGCAAACACAAAAUGCUUGACUUUGAGGGAGAGAUGCUGUGGAAAGGCCAGGAUGACCAUGUAGUCAUUACUCUGAGAGAUGUGAAAGAAGACUGAACCUGCAGAUGAUCUAGACUUUGACCAACACCUCUAUCCUCACAAUUUACCUAGACCCACAAGUGCCUUUCAUAUUCUGACCAGCAACAGUCCAGGAGUAGAUGUCUUAAGCAUUCUAACCAUGAUAGCCACUGGUCAUGAGUUCAACCUCAGUAGGAUAUUCUAAACAUGCUGCAGGCCAUUUUUCUUCAAUUACGUGACAAAAUAAAGUGAGAAAAAAAACAUGUGGUUUGUGGACACAAUAGUGAUAUGUGGGUUGACUCAAAACCCGCAGUUGAUGCAGUUAUACAAAGAGAAAACAAUACAUUAAAAAAUCCAUAAAUGUAUAACUCUUGUGAAAUUUAUAUCUUUAGGCUACACUGAGUUUUUUCAUUAGUGUGUAAGCCUAAGCUUUUAGGACCUAACUGUUCGUGCUCCAAAUAGCCUACCCUCCAUUUGCCAAAUGCUUAUGGUAACGGGCAGAAAGAGUUAAUGUUGAUCCACUGAUUAAAUAAGAGAAACGUUUGCGAAAAUGGAGAGUUGAAAAUAAAGAAGUGGUAAAAAAAUUGGUGAAGUGGUAAAAGAGGAUGAAAGCAGUGUUUACUGUAUGUUACUGUAUGUCUGAUGAUUGUGAGGCGCUAUACAAAUUUGACAGUCACAAGACAGGUAGUUAUAAAAGGCCUAUGGCACAUCAUGGGAACUGUAGCCUACUGUUCAGGUGGGUUAAAUGGAAACUGAAAUCUGGACACUGACUGUAGGUCUAUAACCUUUGCUAGCGGUUAGAAGCAUUGGGCCUGUAACCGAAAGGUCACAGAUUCAUAUCCCAGAGUAGACUAGGUGAAAAAUCUGCCGAUGUGCCCAUGAGCAAGGCAAUUCAUCCCAAUUGCUCCAGGGUCGCCAUCAAUAAUGGCUGAUCCCUAGCUCUGACCCCACUCUCAUGGGGAGUAGGAUACGCAAAAAAAUGAAUGUCCAAUUCACACGUGUGAAAUAGGAAAAAUGCAAGUGUACAUUUUGAUUCGGGAAGAGGAGUGGAGAAAAUGAUUUAUUUCAGGAUCUUGAAAGAAUUUGAAUGUGUAGUUAGUGACCUUCUAUAGAGGUGCUACAUAAAAUGUGCCUCCAAGCAGAACUGAAAUCUUAUCAGUGUGAAAUGACCAAAUCUUAUUUGGUAAUUUUCACAGCUUUCUAUUUCCUUACGAGCGUGCAAUGGCCAAGAACAUACUUCCAUUUUAUUGCAUUUUCUAGAUUGUAGCCUUCAUUCUAUCGAUGUAUUACAUGAUUCUUGUCACGCCCUGAUCUGUUUCACCUGUUCUUGUGAUUGUCUCCACCUCCUCCAGCUGUCGCUUAUUUUUCCCUGUGUAUUUAUCCCUGUGUUUCCUGUCUCUCUGUGCCAGUUUGUCUUGUAUGUUUUCAAGUCAACCAGCGUGUUUUUCCCAUACUCCUGUUCUCCAUUCUCUUUUUCUAGUCUUCCCGGUUUUGACCCUUGCCUGUUUUUUCUGGACUCCGUACCCGCCUGCCUGACCCUUCUGCCUGCCAUGACAUCUAGCCUGUCUGCCACUUCUUGGACUCAGAAUCUGUUUUUGACCAUUUGCCUGUCCACGACCAUUCUCUUACCUACUUUUGGAUUAAAUAAACAACAAAGACUCUAACCAUCUGCCUCCUGUGUCUGCAUCUGGGUCUCGCCUUGCGUCCUUAUUGUACGAACUGGCCAUGACAGACCCAGCAGACUUGGACCAGCUCCGCCACGCUGUCUCCCUGAAGGGAGCCACUAUUGGGAGACAUGUGGAGUUCUCCAGUAGCUGGGAGAGAGGCGACCAGUAAACUUCUGGAAUUACGUCAAAACUCCCAUAGUGUGGCAGACUACGCGGCUGAUUUUCACACAUUGGCCGCCAAGAGUGCCUGGAAUCCAGAGUCUCUUUUCGAUACUUUUCUUCACGCAUUAUCUGAGAUGGUAAAAGAUGAGCUAGCUGCUCGGGAACUACCAGUGGAUCUUGACUCUCUCAUCGUCCUCACCAUUAGAAUUGAUGGACGACUAAGGGAACGCAUGAGUGAGAGGACUUCUGGUCUCUGGCACACUCGUUCAUCCGCAGUGGCUCGCUCACCUUCGAGGGAACCCAGAAGUCCCCGAGGAUGGUUUUUCCAAGAGGAUCCGAAGCCACCCGAGCUCCGUCGAGAAUCAUCGACGACGGGUGAAUCGGAUACACCAGAACCUAUGCAACUGGGAAGAGCUAGAUCCUGGUGGAUGACAUCCUGGUUUUCUCCCGUUUUGCCCAGGAACACGUUCUCCAUGUGCGACAAGUUCUUCAGUGUCUUCUGAAGAACCAGUUGUUUGUUAAAAACUUCUCAGGGAUAGGCGCCCCAUCAACGCGACAGUUGUAAAUCAUGCAGAGCCUUUUGUCACCAUUGCAGAUUUUAGAGAAACAACAAAUGUCGGUACAUAUAAAUGUCUUAUAUCGGCUGAAAGCUUACAUGUUUGUUAAUAUAACUGCAUUGUCCAAUUUCCAGUAGCUAUUACUUCGGGGAAAAAAUGCUAUGCUAUUGUUUGAGGAGAGCUCCUAACAACAAAACACUUUUUUUUCACCACGAUAGGUGAAAUGUGUACUUACAUUCUAAAAUCUUGCUCUGAUUUAUCAUCUGAAGGGUCCCAGAGAAAACAUGAAGCGUUGUUUUGUUAGAUUAAUAAAUCAUUUUCAUAUCCUAAAAAGGUCCAUAUAGCAUGCACGAUCAAUUUUGUAUUUCCACCUGUUCAAUUUGCAAAGAAAGGAGUCUGUGGAAAUCUAACCCUAAACAUUGUUUCAACCAGUCAAAUCACGUUCGUAUUUAGGUUGUUUUGUUAUUUGUAUUUUCUUCUACCAGAUAUAUUGUGUUAUAUUCUCCCAUAUUCACAUUUCCACAAACAUCAAUGUUCUUCCUUUCAAAUGGUACCAACAAUAUUCAUAUCCUUGCUUCAGUCCUGAGCUACAGGCCGUUAGAUUUUGGUAUGUCAUUUUUGACAAAAAUGUAAAAAAGGGGGCUAUCCCUAAGAAGUUUUAAAGUGGAGAAGAGCAAGUUCCACCGCUCCACAAUCACUUUUCCGGGAUACAUAAUAAAAAAUAAAAAAAACUUUAUUUAACUAGGAAAAUCAGUAAAGAACAAAUUCUUAUUUUCAAUGACGGCCUAGGAACAGUGGGUUAACUGCCUUGUUCAGGGGCGGAACAACAGAUGUUUAAUUUGUCAGCUUGGGGAUUCGAUCUUGCAAACUUCCGGUUACUAAUCCAACGCUCUAACCACUAGGCCAUCUGCCGCCCCAAAAUCAUCUCUGAAGGGAAUGUUCAGAUUGGUCCGUAAAAAGUGAGAGAGUGGUGGAUUGGUUCCAACCCACGUACAGGGUGCAGCUACAGCGGUUUCUGGGGUUUUCUCAUUUUUACCGUUGUUUCAUUCGGGGCUACAGCAACCUGGCUGCUCCCCUCUCUGCACUCACCUCUCCCACAGUACUGUUCACAUGGUCCCCUGCAGCAAACAAGGCUUUUGUGGAUUUGAAGCAACGAUUCACCACUGCCACCAUCCCCUUCCAUCCGGAUCCGACCCGUCAGUUUGUGGUGGAGUUUGACGUUUUUGACGUGGGAGUAGGGGCCGUUCUUUCUCAGCGAUCCGUCCAGGACCAAAAGCUUCAUCCCUGUGCCUUCAUGUCCCAUCGUCUCAACUCGGCGGAGAGGAACUAUGACGUUGGCAACCGGGAACACCUAGCAGUAAAUAUGGCCCUGGAGGAGUGGAGGCACUGGCUGGAAGGGGCGAGACAUCUAAUUUGGAAUAUCUCCACACAACCAAGCGCCUUAACUCUAGGCAGGCCCGGUGGGCUCUGUUAUUCACAGAGGUUUAAUUUCACCUUCUCCUACCACCCAGGGUCCAAAAACGUGAAGCCGGACACCCUUUUCCACCUGUACAGUUCCGCUACCACACCCUUGGAAUCAGAGACCAUCCUCCCUGCCUCAUGUUUGGCGGCUGCGCUUGUCUGGGGUAUUGAGGCUCUGGUUCGCAAAGCACAACGUUCCCAGCUGGACCCUGGGGAAGGUCCGGCUAACCGGAUGUUCGUUCCUGAUUCAAGUCCUGAAAUGGGCUCAUUCCUCCAGGCUUACCUGUCAUCCUGGUUCUCGUCAUACCCUGGCUUUCCUUCGACAGCGCUUCUGGUGGCCCACCAUGGCUCCUGAUGUCUUGGCCUUCGUCACUGCAUGCAUGGUGUGUGCUCAAAGCAAGACUCUGCAGUAGGCUCCGUCUGGUCACCUUCAGCCAUUUCCUGUUCCUCAUCUCCUCUGGUUCCAUAUUUCCCUGGAUUUUGUCACUGGGCUUCCUGCGUCAGAUGGCAACACCACCAUCCUGACAGUGGUUGACAGGUUCUCCAAGGCCACCCAUUUCAUCCCUCUUCCUAAAUUACCUUCCGCCAAAGAGACGGCCCAGCUCAUGGUGCAUGGUGCCAGGAACACUCUCCCCUGCUCGGGUACUGGACUAUCCCCCUUCGAAUGCUCCAAGGGAUAUCAGCCCCCACUCUUCCCAGUGCAAGAAGUGGAGGUCAACCCAUCUUCACCCUAGAUGUUCGUCCGUCGCAGUCGGCGUACCUGGAAAAGAGAUCCGACGGCUCUUCUCAAGACAACCUCCAGGUAUCGUCCACAAGCAGAUUGCCACCGGACUCUUGCUCCCCACUGUCGGGAAGAGGGUAUGGUUAUCCACUCAGGACCUACCCCUACUGGUAGAAUCCCAUAAACUUUCCCCCGUUUCAUUGGUCUCCAUUCUCUUUUUCUAGUCUUCCCGGUUUUUACCCUUGCCUGUUCUGGUCAGCAAAGGUUAAUUUUGUCUUCUAAGGCAACAUAUUAUAACAGGAGAGAUGCUGCAUGUAUCUAGUUACAGACAAGUUGACUAACAAAUAGUCAAAAAAUUGUUCUGCCGUCUCUGACUGUAGCCUACAGCGCAUUUUCAAUAUUUCCUGGUUAGAGUCAGGUGCGGUCAGAUUUUCACUUCAUCACAUAUCGUUGGGUGGUUGCGGAGGUUUAUUAGCAAAUGCGGGUGGGUGCAGGUGAACAAUCAGCUGACACCACUAGAACACACGCUUGAACAAGUCACAUCUGAAAAAUGUCACGUGGAUAUUUUGUUUACAUGAGUCAGACAUGGUUUUCCGUGGUUUCACAUUGAUUUUCACAUGUACAUUUGUUUGUACAUGUACAUUUGUUUGGACACAAAUAAUCCUUUGCAAAAUGUUAACUAUGCAAGCCAUUGGCAAAUGGAUACAGCUCUUCAUCAUGCAAACAAUGAUAGCCAUUGAACAUGAGUAGAAAGAUCAAGGGAAAGUCAAGUCUGAAAUUUCAAAGUGGAACUUACAAACUUCAGAAGCCUUUUUAAACCUUAAAUACACUACAAGUCAAAAAUGUCCUGCAAUUGCAUGAAAGUGCUCCUGCAACAUUGUGAUCAAAUUAAGAUCCGACAUCUGUAUUGGACAUAAGUAAAGGACACUUGUGGUGUUCCACAAACUAACAGUGGUUGCAGUUCCUGAGUUUCGAUUACCAUUUAUGCUAGAAUCUGGUUUUGAAUAGAGCCUAAUGAUGCUCUAUUAGAUAUGGGAGGCAAUCUUGAGUAUGCUGAACAUGAUAUGCUAAACAUUUAAAACAUUAUAAGAUCAUGUUACUGGAACGUACAAUAAGCUAUCAGCAUUCAGUGUAGUUUUUUCAUUCCAUGAUUGAAAUAUGAUAUACAAGAAACAGCUCACAUCUUUAUAUUAACAGGGAUAGUUGCUUAACGUGAACAUUUAUUUCAAAAUUAAAGCAAGUCUUCUUACAGAAAGUCAAUGUGUACAUUUCCAGAUUUGUAUACAGUGAUACAGGUUAUUUAUUUGUUUGUUCUUGACUGUAUUAUAUUUCCCCCAAACAGCUGUAUUUAUAAUGAAAAUAUUUUUGUGUUAUUUGAAAUACGUUUUUUUGUGGGAAAAUGUUGGUUUCCCUCUCUUUGAUCAUCUGUGACUUUUAGGUGACAGGUCUUUGGUUGUGAGCCAAAAGCCCCUUAUCUAAGAAUUGUGUGUGUGUGCGUGGGUGCAUGUCUCUAUGUACCUACAGUACCAGUCGAAAGUUUGGACACGCCUACUCAUUCCAAGGGUUGAUCUAUAUUUUUACUAUUUUCUACAUUGUAGAAUAAUAGUGAAGACAUCAAAACUAUGAAAUAACACAUAUGGAAUCAAGUAGUAACCAAAAAAGUGUUAAACAAAUCAAAAUAUAUUUUAUAUCUUAGAUUGUUCAAAUAGCCACCAUUUGCCUUGAUGACAGCUUUGCACACUCUUGGUAUUUUCUCAACCAGCUUCAUGAGGUCACCUGGAAUGCAUUUCAAUUAACAGGUGUGCCUUGUGAAAUGUCUUUGCCUAAUGUGUUUGAGCCAAUCAGUUUUGUUGUGACAAGUGGGUGGGAUAGAGAAGAUAGCCCUAUUUGGUAAAAUACCAAGUCCAUAUUAUGGCAAGAACAGCUAAAAUAAGCAAAGACAAAUGACAGUCCAUCAUUACUUUAAGGCAUGAAGGUCAGUCAAUCCAGAAAAUUUCAAGAACUAAUAUUUCGUCCAUUGCAGUCACAAAAAUCAUCAAGCACUAUGAUGAAGCUGGCUCUCAUGAGGACUGCCACAAGAACAGAAGACCCAGAUUUACCUCUGCUGCAGAGGAUAAGUUCAUUAGAGUUCCCAGCCUCAGAAAUUGCAGCCCAAAUAAAUGCUUCACAGAGUUCAAGCAACAGACACAUCUCAACAUCAACUGUGCAGAGGAGACUGUAUGAAUCAGGCCUUCAUGGUCAAAUUGCUGCAAAGAAACCACUACUAAAGUACACCAAAAAGAAGGGACCUUCUUAGGCCAAGAAACACGAGCAAUGGAUAUUAGACCAGUGGAAAUCUGUCGUUUGGUCUGAUGAGUCCAAAUUUGAGGUUUUGGGUUCCAACCGCCAUGUCUUUGUUAAAUGCAGAGUAGGUCAACGGAUUAUCUCCUUAUGUUUGUUUCCCACCGUGCAGCAUAGAGGAGGAGGUGUGAUGGUGUGGGGGUGCUUUGCUGGUGACACUGUCUGUGAUUUAUUUAGAAUUCCAGGCACACUUAACCAACAUGGCUACCACGGCAUUCUGCAACGAUACACCAUCCCAUCUGGUUUGCGCUUAGUGGGACUGUCAUUUGUUUUUCAACAGGACAAUGACCCAGCACACCUCCAGGCUGUGUAAGGGCCAUUUGACCAAGAAGAAGAGUGAUGGAGUGCUGUAUCAUAUGACCUGGCCUCCACAAUCACCUGAUCUCAACCCAAUUUAGAUGGUUUGGGAUGAGUUGGACUGCAGAGUGAAGGAAAAGCAGCCAACAAUUGCUCAGUAUGUGUGGGAACUCCUUCAAGGCUGUUUGAAAAGCAUUCUAGGUGAAGCUGGUUGAGAGAAUGCCAAGAGUGUGCAAAGCUGUCAUAAAGAGGAAGCUACUUUGAAGAUCUAAAAUAUGAAAUAUAUUUUGUUUUGUUUAACACUUUUUUGGUUACUACAUGAUUUCAUAUGUGUUAUAUCAUAGUUUUGAUUCCUUCACCAUUAUUCGACAAUGUAUAAAAUAGAACAAAUAAAGAAAAACCCUUGUGUCCAAACAUUUGACUGGUACUCUAUAUGAGGUGUGUAUAGUUGGGUGUGUGGAUGAGUGUGACCUUACUGUACUACACACUAAUCAAAUCACAGGAAGUUGAAGCGGAUCUUAAAAGAGACUGAGAGCCAGGAAGGCUCCCAGACACAAGCAGAAGUCUGUUGUGUUGACAUUCACACGAAAAAGGACUAGAGGCCAAAUUAUUCCGUGACCUUCGGAGGUCUAUUCAAACAAUUCAAACAAAUCAAUUAAAAAAGUAAGUUCCCUAUGUAUGUUCAUCCACUUCAAAGUAAUUCCAGUAUCCAAACUGCACUGUGCACUCGCAGCAUUUGAUUUACUGUAUGUAACAGCUCAAAAAGUGUAAUGACAUUCAGCAAUUGUCUUUGGGUUUACACUCUUGUAGCCUGAAAUAAUUUAUGUGUCUUGCUGACAAAAGGAUAUUUUUUGUUGAAAGAAGAGUUGAGACACCUGAAGAGGGGCUGAAAUACAAGACUGUCCUGGGAAGACGUGCAGCCACAUAGAAUUCAUUUUUUAAAAACCAUGACACAGAGUAAUGUGCACACUGCAAAGGACAACCAACAACCAGGCUGUGCUCUGCCUAUGACCGCCAUGGAGUGCCCUAUGCAGUCUACAAAUGCUGUAGGUAACUUUAUUCCUCAGGCCAAGAGUCUGAAAAUGCAGAAAAUAUGACUUUAGGCUAGGUUGCAUUGUUUACAUAAUCCGUUCAUAAAUAAUUAACAUUGAUGUAUCGGUAUAGAUUGUAUUGCUUACCAUAAUCUGUUGAUUUCAUGUUGUCUGUCAAAGAUACACACAGCAAUGUUCACAACAUGUUGUUACAAAUAGGAGUAAACUAUUUUAUUGACAGUUGGAAUAGAAUAAUAAUUCACCAAAUUAUGCAUUACUCAACAAUUAGUUUGAAAGAAUUUCAAAUAUUCAUGUUAUAAAUUAUUGUGAAUAAACCAAGGAUCCACAUGCUUAACAGCAUCAGAAAGGAUGUGUUCCCCAUUUCAUCCCACACCUCUGCACAAGAAAAUGAUAUGCUCUGGGUCUAGUUGAAACACACCCAUGUAUUUUAUGAACAUAAAACAGUGCUUUCCUCUUUUAAAUACCCAAACCCGCAAAGCAACAGAGACACAUGGGGCAAAUGAAGCUGUGACAAAAUAAGCAUUGGACAAAAUUGAAUUCAAAAUAAGUUGAGACAUCGAAGAAAAAAAAACAGUUCACAUUUUCACACUUUUUUUCCCCCUUGAAUUACAUUUUAGGAUUGUUAAGUCAUCUGGUAUGAUUCUUGUGUUUUUAAGGCCUCUACUUGCAUCACAGUUGAUGGUAAUGAAUUUAAAUGUGCAUGACAGAUAUGAGUAAAACAAAAGGGAUAGGGAUUCUGAUGAUAGCACAUUUUUGUGUUUUUGACAUUCUCCACCAAUUAACCAUAUUGAAACAUCUCAUUACAACAAACUCAAAGUCACACACCACUGCAUCAGACCCAUGAAUUAAACUGUUGGAUAGGCGAUAUCAUACCUCUAUGGCUGAGAUACAGUAUAUGAGACAACCACAAGUUAAAUUUGAAAUCGGGUUGCAGUUGUAAGUAGUUACAUGGUUAAUAUUUUGAGCAUUCUUCAAACAUUUCCUACAAUACCAAUGUUUUUCAUUCAAUCAUAACAUUUAUUUUUUUAUUAUAUCACAGUUGGUGAAUUUUACAAUAAACCAUGUUCCAUUCCAUUUGGAAAUCCAAAAUGGUACACCGAAGUACUAAAGUAGGUGAAUGACAACCAUGCAAUGUCAAUAUUCUUUUCUUUUCUUAAUUUUUCAUAUAGCUACUUUAAAUUGAUUUUGAAAGUAAUGGUAUAAGGAACAGAAGCCUGGAAGCUAUUGUCUUUAAUUGAUAAAGGUUAUUCCUCAAACUAAAACCUUCCAUCAGUUUUUGAUUGGAAAAUGACUUCAGUUUUAAAAUGGAGAUUAUUUAAUGCCAUGUGUAUCUUUCAGUUGACAUGGUACUAAAUAAUAUCAGUUAUUUUUGAAAACAGAUUUUUCCCCAAAGGUUUGUUUUACAUAUAAAAAGAAAAUAUUUUGGCACAAAGAAAUAAAAAAUACAAAAACAUUCCAUUUAAGAUAAGUAGAUUGAUUUGAUCUAUACAUUUUUUCAUGUGUGAAAUGUACAAAAUACAAUCGUACAGUACAAUGCACUUUUUUACAAAUGUUUUAAAUCCUUAAGUAGUUUUUCCAAUAUUCUUUAAUAAUAUGGCGUCUUUCUUUUCAUGUCUCUUCUAUAUAAUAUGUUCAGGCUAGUAAAGGUUCAAUCCAAAUGUUUUCUUGUUUGAUUGUAAACUUGGUACAAUGUGGUAAAUGAGUUUUCUAGUCAGACUAUGAGUGAAACUGUUUUUCAACCUAUCACCAACUCUGUUUAAUUUUGUCCUCUUGUCCUAUUGGGCAACCCUAAUGAUGUAGCAUUUGUCAGUUCAAACACAUGCAUACACUUAUACACUCACUCACACACGUGUGUGUGUGUGUGUGUGUGUGUUUGAACUGACAAAUGCAUGCUUACAUACAUACAUACAUACAUACAUAC